UGCAGCAGGAGGUCUCUGCAGCGCUCCGCUGCAAUGAUCCAGUUUCUCGCAGCGAAGAAGGUUACAGGUGGGGCGUGGUUUGGUAUCUCACUGAAUGAUCUCCUGGCAGGCUCCAGCAAGCGCCGCAGAGACCUGCUCACUAGGCUCUGCCGCCGGCGAGAUUAAAAUGGACCGCACGUGGCUUCAGAUUCUGGUGAUGCUGCUGUUGUAUCCAACAGCGGCGCCCGGAGCCGGCGAAGUGGCAGUAAACGAGGGGGACUCCUUUGAGAUCAGUUGCAGGCCUGACGACCCGAGCUCCAUGGUCAUCUGGUUCCGAGUUCUGGACAAAGCGGGCAUGGAAUUCAUCGCGUCGUUCGACAGAUUCGGCAAGUCCAAGUCACAGAAGCCGCUCCCGGCGGCCUUCAGUUCCUCAGACGUCGCCAAAGGUGUCCUGAGGCUGAAUUCCUUCAGAGGAGCCGACGACAGCGGCAUCUACAGCUGUGCCAGCAUUAGAAAUAACCAGCUGAAAUUCGGCGAAGUAACUCGGCUGACUGGAGUCAAAGUUAAGGUGACGACGAGCGCGCCACUGGCCAGCACCGCCGGGGGAACUCUUCCCACCACCACCACCACCACGGCCUGUGUCUGCGACCACAGCGAGAAGCGAGGGAGGCCCGGUCUUCCCGUGUUCUGCUCUCCAGUCAUUCUGGCUCCACUGGCCGCUGGCUGCGGCCUCCUCCUUCUGCUGCUCAUCACCACCACCCUGUACUGCAACCAAAUCAGGACACGGAGAUGCCCGCACCAUUACAAAAGAAAACCGCAGACGACGGCUCCCGGAAAACAAUUGAUGACCAACAGACAUGUUUAAUCUAAUGGUGCGAUUUCACUGAUAUUCCUUUAAAUCUGCAAUUAUUUUAUAGUGGUGUGUUUAUUGCUGCCGAAACAAUUCUCAAUCUCAUUUACAGCGUACUGGCAAAGUCGUGGUGAAUAAUUUGCCAGCAACUAGAAAAUAUAGCAAGUGUUGAAAGAGCUUCGACGCAGUAUUCAACGCAUCAAAUGCUUGCCAGCUUUUCAUUGUCAACAUUAACUGCAUCG